AUGGCUGAAGAGAAAACCUUUCGCUACGGACUCAUCAUCCUGGGAUUCUUCCUGGUGAUGGUUGGCAUGUUCAUCAUGAGCGUGGAGAAGCCCCACAUCUACAUCACCUUCUGCACCCUGGGGAUCUUGAUCAUAGCUGUGGGGAUCGUCUGGAGCAUGUGCCAGUGCUACCCCAAGGUCAGAGUAGUUUCUGUUGAUCCAGAGACUGAGACUUUCCUUGUAAAGAAGACUGCUGCUUUGUCUACUGAAAAUGAGAUUCCUGAGAAGAGCAGUUCACAGGCACCUUACACCACUCAGAAAGAAGCAGAUGUCUAUGAGAAAAGUCUGCCAUCUUAUGAACAGGUCCAAGCAAAGGUGGCAAGUGCUGGAGGGGGACUGGGAGGCCCACCCACCCCUGUCCUUCCAGUCAGGGUAGGAGGAGGUUCCCAACCUACCGUACAGGCCAAAGUAGAGGUUCACAGAGAUUCAGAAAGCGAUGGAGGUACCUCCAAGGGUCCCACAUCCCAGCAGGAAGCAACAAGGUUGUACCGCCAACCUGAGAGAGUUCCAAGCCAGGCACCACUAGCUUCUCUCCAGGAAGAAAUGGACAAUUCUUCAGUGGCAUCUAAUUCCAACAGCCCAUUUCUACAGAGGUGGAAAGAUGCUCCAGAUCCCGGGUGUUCAACAGAAAGUCAGCUCAGAUUCAAACUUCCUUCCUAUGAAGAUUUUGCCAUGAUUGAUUCCCUGCUGGUUGAAGGUCAGGAACAGAGCAAUGAACCAACAGUGGCACCAAUCCAAAGCCAUUGCCCUGCUCCUCCCACAACAGGUCAUGGCUCCUUAAUUACAGCAGGAGCUGGGCUAUUGGAACACCGAACCAGACAGAAUAUGGAAGAUGACACUAUGUACUAUGGGAUAAAAGAGGAAUCAGAAGUCAGCCUCACAUCUGUUGAUGCUGUCUUUGAUCAAAGCAAGAUUAAGGACUAA